UGUAAAAUAAAGGUGUUUUUGAUGUGAUGAAGGGAUGAAUGAUGAUGACAUGAUGGAGACGAGAGAAGCAGACGCACAGAGUGAAGUGAUCGGAUGGAAAACAAAGCUGUCGCUUCUCCAUGCUGAAGGAGCCUCCGUGGGCUGUUAACACGGAGCCGCAUCACUCCCUCCGCGGUCAGCACCACGGACAGCGACCAUGACGCGCCUCCGCAGGAAGGCUCUGGUCGCGCUCUUCCUCUUCACGCUCUUCAUCUUCGGGACCAUGAUGGGACUCCGGACGCUGAAGCCCAGCGACGGCUUCUCCGACAUGGCCCCCGGCAUGGACUUCGCCGGGGAGAGGUCGGACAGGCGGCACGCGGACGUGCGGGACGUGGCGGCGGCGGCGUCGCCGGGUCACUCCCACAUGGGCAGCAGCAGCGACACCAAGGUGGUUUUCAGCCGAUCCGACCGGGAUUACAGCAUUUUCUACGACGUGCACAUAUUCUACUACCUGUGGUACGGCUCGCCCGGCGUGGACAACAAGUACAUCCACUGGGACCAUGUGCUGGUGCCACACUGGGACCCGAAGAUCGCGGCCAGUCACGCGCAGGGGAAGCACACCCCACCCGAGGACAUUGCUUCAAGUUUUUACCCGGAGCUAGGACCUUACAGCUCCAGAGACCCGAAGGUGCUGGAGUCACACAUGGCCCAGAUAGAAGCUGCUGCAGCAGGGGUGCUGGUGUUGUCCUGGUAUCCUCCCAGCGUGGCAGACGACCACGGGGAGCCCACAGAGGACCUGGUUCCUGCCGUCAUGGACGCCGCCCACAGGCACAGCAUCAAGGUGGCUUUUCACAUCCAGCCGUACAAAGGACGGACGGAGCAGAGCAUGCAUGACAACAUCAGAUACAUCACCGACAAGUACGGAAAACACGGCGCCUUCUACAGAUUCCGCUCCAGCACGGGACGAGUCCUGCCUCUUUUUUACGUCUACGACUCGUACCUGACGCCUCCAGAGACGUGGGCGGAGCUUCUGACGGCGAAGGGCUCCCACAGCAUCAGAGGAACGCCGUACGAUGGCAUUUUCAUGGCCCUCAUCGUUGAGGAGCGCCACAAACACGACAUCCUGGCCAGCGGCUUCGACGGCAUGUACACUUACUUUGCCUCCAACGGUUUCUCCUUUGGCUCCUCCCACCAGAACUGGAAAGCCAUCAAGUCCUUCUGCGACGCCAACAACCUGCUCUUCGUCCCUAGCGUGGGUCCGGGGUACGUGGACACGGCCGUGCGGCCGUGGAACAACCACAACACCAGGAACCGCGUGAACGGACGCUACUACGAGACUUCGCUGCAGGCCGCGCUCUCUGUCAGACCAGAGAUCGUCACGGUUACGUCGUUUAAUCAGUGGCACGAGGGAACGCAGAUCGAGAAGGCCGUACCGAAGAAAACCACCACACGUUUGUACCUCGACUAUCAGCCCAACCAGCCCGACCACUACUUAGAACUCACGCGUCAGUGGGCCGAGAACUUCAACAAGGAGAAAGACAAAUGGCUGAUGUGAACGCUUGAUUUGAAAAAAAAAAAAAUGACUUCAUCUGGUGACAUGUUCCUUCUGCUCUCACUGUUUUCAAUCAAUAACCUUUUUUUACAGGUUAAUAAUACGUUUUAUUGAACCUUUAACGUCACAGCAAACAAACUCAGAAUCUGUUUGCGACGCGGAGAAAGCGGCUACGUACGGAAACACAGCUCUGUGCGCUUUGAGUUUUUUCUUAUUUUCUUAUGAAAGGUGUUUGUUCUUGUUCUACAAAUGUUCUUUCCUGUUAUUUCCUCGAAGACAAAUUAAAAUGGGUGUCUGUUUGUUUA